AAUCACACUCACAUCUGUAUUGCUGCUUUGGUUGCAGUUGAAUUUCUUGAAGAAUCAGUGCAAGUGAAAUAGUUUUAAAAAGAAAAAAAAAAUCUAUGAGAUUUGAAAGGCAUGAGUACCAAUAAUUAAUAAUUAAUCAUAACUCUCAUUAAUUUAUGCAUGCACAAGUCCGAGACAGCGUGGUUGGAGGAGUUUCCAUUGUGAGACUCAUUGAAGAGGCCAAGGUAUUGGCUUGGGAGAGCACCUGGGAGGCCUUUGGUUGGAGCUUAUGGCAAAAGCAAUCCCAUGGCCACUUAGAGUUUGGAAUUCCGAGACAAUACCAAACACAAAAGUGGUGGAAAAUGAGAAAGCAGCCGAAGCAUUUGAUGAAUUCUUGAAGGGGACGGGAAAGGGGUAGAAGGCAUGGCCUUUUUCUUGUUUGCUGCCAUUGGUGAGCUUCAGGAGUCCACUGGGUGUUAACUCUCUAUGCCAUCAAGUGAAAGGUUGGCAGAUUGGAAUCCAUUGUAGGUGAAUCUGAGAUCUUCACCUUGUGCUAAGAUUAGGAGAAGAGAAACGACAAUUAAACCAACCUUGAGGAACAUGGUUAAGAGUGCAGACUGCAGAGUCGUCCCCCGUAGGCUAUAGCAGAAAAAUCCGUGAAGAGUUCUUUGUCCUCUUGGUCUUCUUUGGCUGCUUGUCCACUCAAGUCACAUUUAGGCAAGAGAUUUCUUCCAUCCUCGUGUCCUUCCCUGUUAUCUAGAAAUUAUUAGGAGUUUUUUUCUAUUUUAUUUUUUUUAAAAAAUAAUAUAUUAAAUAAUAAUUUUUUUAGAAAAAUAAUAAACGUAGAAAAUCUCGUUAAUUGUUUAAAUUUCGCUACUUGAAGUAGUGAGAUUGUGUCAUUACGAGAAUUAUUUUCUUAAAAAAAGUAAUAUUUAAUAUAUAUUAAAAAAAAGAGGAUAAAUAGGAAAAAAAUCGUUAAUUCUGUAUGCCUGUGCCUUGUCUCUUUUUUUUUUUUGAAUUACACACUAAAUAUUCACGUGUCCAUUUUACGGUCCACGUGACUAAUCUUGCACCUCUUAAAAUUGACCCCACAACUUUAAAGGAAGGGUAAAUUUAGGAAUCUAUGGAUGGAAAUGAACUCAGAAGGGUUUGAACACCUUGUGAAACCAUAUACGGAUUGUGCCCUGUCUCUUCAAUACGACGUCAACGUGUGUGUAUAUAGAUAGACCAAAAAAAAACACUAAUGCAUUUUCUCACUUCUGCAAGCCCUCGCCCCUUCGCCGCCAUACCCACGACCAAGCGGGGACCUCUCGGUGGCGGCCGCAGGGGCCAAAUCAAAGCAAUGAGGGCUGUAGUUCAGCGAGUCGCCUCCGCCAGUGUCGAGGUCGAAGGGCGCACCGUGUCGGAAAUUGGUCCGGGGCUCCUCGUCCUCGUCGGCAUUCAUGACUCUGAUACCGACUCCGACGCCGACUACAUAUGUCGUAAGGUCUUGAACAUGAGAUUGUUCCCAAAUGAGGCUACGGGAAAAGGAUGGGACCUGAGCGUUAUGCAGAAGAAUUAUGGAGUUUUACUCGUCAGUCAGUUUACAUUGUAUGGAAUAUUGAAGGGUAACAAGCCCGAUUUUCAUGUGGCGAUGCCGCCGCAAAGAGCAAAACCCUUCUAUGAGUCGUUAGUAGAAAAAUUUCAGAAAUCAUACAAUCCAGAUGCAAUUAAAGAUGUUUACAAUGAUGCUAAGGUUAACUUGGUUAAUGAUGGCCCAGUCACAAUGCAGCUAGAUUCAUCCCAACCAUCCAAGAAUACAAAUGAUGCUGUAAACCCAUAAGCUGGUUAUUUGCUAGCAUUUCAACUGAAGUUCCGCCAAGCACCUGUAUUCUUUGUGUGAUCUGCAGCAUUUUAUGUAUCAGUAGCAUGGUCAGAAGUUAAGACAACUUCCUAAUUAAAAUUAGGCUGUUCUUUAGUGGAGAUUUUCUUCAGCUAUUUCACCUUUGUAUUGAGAUUCAAGGAUGUAACUGUAGUUUCAGGCGAACUGGAAAACUAACAAUGCUGCAUUUUAGCUUUUACAUUUAGGUUGACUUUAAAGUUGCACUAA